AUGGGAGAUUUUAAUUUAGAGUUAGAAAAAAUAAGAUAUAAUACCUCAAGUAAUACAACAAGAUUAGAAAGAAGAGCUCUAAUAUGGGAAUUAAUAGAUAGAGAUUUUAAAAGCGCCUUUGAUAAAAUAAAAGAAAACAGAGUGACAGAGACAAGAAGAGGGCCAAAAAAAAAUACUAUAAUAGAUUAUAUCUGGAUCUUAGAUAAUUG